AUGCAGUUCCUCACUCUCCUCGCCACCGCCGUCAUUGCCGCCAGCUCGGCUGUCGCCCGCCCUGGCGACUACACUCCUCCUACCGAAGGCUGCAAGCCGGGUACCUAUUCCUGCGCUGUUGGCAACUAUGGUCAGCAAGGCUGGCAGGUCUGCGACGUGUCUGCGCUCUGGGUGUACGCCGGCGACUGCCCCCCUCACACUGAUUGCUACUUCAACGAGCAGAACCAGAGCCCCUACUGCAUUUAG